GGGGGGGGGCGGCGGCUGAACGAUGUGCGAGAACUGCGCAGACCUGGUGGAGGUGUUAAAUGAAAUAUCAGACAUUGAAGGUGGUGAUGGACUGCAACUCAGAAAGGAACAUACUCUCAAAAUAUUUGCUUAUAUCAACUCCUGGACACAAAGGCAAUGUCUAUGCUGCUUUAAGGAGUAUAAGCACUUGGAGAUUUUUAACCAAGUAGUAUGUGCUCUCAUUAACUUAGUGAUUGCCCAAGUUCAAGCGCUUCGGGACCAGCUCUGUAAACAUUGCACUAUUAACAUAGAUUCAACAUGGCAAGAUCAGAAUAAUCAAGCUGAGGAGCCAUUGAAUGUAGAAAGAGAGUCUCAUGAAGAAGAAAAUAUAGAAAGACAAAAAUCAGAGAAAAAAUUAGACUCUACAAGGAUUUGUAGCCUGACGGAGGAGGAGUCUACAAAGAGUUCUGAUCCUUUUAAUUUAUGGAGUACAGAUGAGAAGGAAAAACUCUUGCUAUGUGUGGCAAAAAUCUUUCAGAUUCAGUUUCCCUUAUAUACUGCUUACAAGCAUAACACUCAUCCUACAAUAGAGGAUAUUUCAGCUCAAGAAAGCAAUAUAUUAGGGGCGUUCUGUGAUAUGAAUGAUGUAGAAGUACCAUUGCACUUGCUUCGUUAUGUUUGUUUGUUUUGUGGAAAAAAUGGCCUUUCCCUCAUGAAGGAUUGCUUUGAAUAUGGAACUCCUGAAACUUUACCGUUUCUGAUAGCACAUGCAUUUAUUACAGUUGUAUCUAAUAUUAGAAUAUGGCUGCAUAUACCUGCUGUCAUGCAGCAUAUUAUUCCAUUUAGGACCUAUGUUAUCAGGUAUUUAUGCAAACUUUCUGACCAGGACUUAAGACAGAGUGCUGCUAGAAACAUGGCUGAUUUAAUGUGGAGCACAGUGAAAGAACCAUUGGAUACAGCCUUAUGCUUUGAUAAAGAAAGCCUUGAUCUUGCAUUUAAAUACUUUAUGUCACCUACAUUGACAAUGAGGCUGGCUGGAUUAAGUCAAAUAACAAAUCAGCUUCACACUUUCAAUGAUGUGUGCAAUAAUGAAUCCCUAGUUUCAGACACAGAAACGUCAAUUGCAAAAGAGCUUGCAGACUGGCUUAUUAGCAACAAUGUUGUUGAGCAUAUAUUUGGACCAAAUUUACAUAUAGAGAUUAUCAAACAGUGCCAAGUGAUUUUGAAUUUUCUGGCAGCAGAAGGACGACUAAGUACUCAACACAUAGAUUGCAUUUGGGCUGCAGCACAGUUGAAACAUUGUAGUCGGUACAUACAUGACUUGUUUCCUUCCCUUAUCAAGAAUUUGGAUCCUGUCCCACUUAGACAUCUUCUUAAUCUAGUUUCAGCUCUUCAUCCAAGUGGUCAUACAGAACAAACCUUAUAUUUGGCAUCUAUGCUUAUUAAAGCAUUGUGGAAUAAUGCUCUAGCAGCUAAGGCCCAACUUUCAAAACAGAGUUCUUUUGCAUCUUUGCUCAAUACUAACCUCCCUAUGGGAAAUAAGAAAGAGGAAGAAGAGCUCAGAAGAGCAGCCCCGUCACCCUGGUCACCUGCAGCUAGCCCUCAAAGCAGUGAUAACAGUGAUACCCAUCAAAGUGGAGGCAGUGAUAUUGAAAUGGAGGAGCAGCUUCUUAAUAGAACCAAACAUGUGCAGCAACGGCUUUCUGACACAGAGGAAUCCUUACAGGGAAGUUCUGAUGAAACUGCCAAUAGUGGUGAGGAUGGAAGUAGUGGUCCUGGAAGCAGCAGUGGGCACAGUGAUGGAUCUAGUAAUGAGGUCAAUUCUAGCCAUGCUAGUCAGUCAGCUGGAAGCCCUGGCAGUGAAGUACACUCAGAGGACAUUGCAGACAUGGAAGCUCUCAAGGAGGAAGAGGAAGAAGAUGAUCAUGGCCAUGAUCCUCCCAAAAGCAGUCGUGUUACAGACCUUCGAAACAGAAAACUUGAAUCACAGGCAGGCAUUUGCUUGGGAGAAUCACAGGGCCCCCCAGAGAGAACUGGCACAAACAAUGGAACAGGGAAGGACCUUGUUUUCAACAAUGACUCAGUGCCAUCUGUUGAUAAUCGAAUCAGAAUGCUGGAUACCUGUUCGCGUCCUGAAGACACAGAACAUGAUAUGGCAGGAGAAAUGAGCACUGCACACAUAUCACAAGCAUCUCAGGAUUCUUGUAUCACACGUACUGGUGACUUCCUUGGAGAAGCUAUUGGGAAUGAAUUAUUUAAUUGUCGACAGUUUAUUGGGCCACAGCAUCACCACCACCACCACCACCACCACCACCACCAUCAUCACCACCACCACCAUCACCACCACCAUGAUGGGCAUAUGGUUGAUGAUAUGCUUAGUGCAGAUGAUGUCAGUUGCAGUAGUUCCCAAGUCAGUGCAAAAUCAGAAAAAAAUAUGGCUGAUUUUGAUGGUGAAGAAUCUGGAUGUGAAGAAGAGUUAGUACAGAUUAACUCACAUGCAGAGUUAACAUCUCAUCUUCAACAGCAUCUUCCAAAUUUAGCAUCUAUCUACCAUGAACAUCUUACUCAAGGCCCAGCAGUUCAUAAACAUCAAUAUAGUAGCAAUGCUGUGACAGACAUUAAUUUGGAUAAUGUUUGCAAGAAAGGAAAUACUUUAUUGUGGGAUUUAGUACAAGAUGAAGAUGCGAUUCAUCUCUCAGAAGGGUUAAUAAAUGAAGCAGAGAAACUUCUUUGCUCCUUAGUAUGCUGGUUCACAGAUCGGCAGAUCCGUAUGAGAUUCAUUGAAGGCUGUCUAGAAAAUUUAGCUAACAACAGAUCUGUAGUAGUUUCACUUCGUCUUCUUCCAAAAUUGUUUGGUACUUUUCAGCAAUUUGGGAGCAGUUAUGAUACACAUUGGAUUACAAUGUGGGCAGAAAAAGAACUAAACAUGAUGAAGCUGUUCUUUGAUAAUUUGGUACACUACAUUCAAGCUGUAAGAGAAGGGAGACAUAAACAUGCCCUUUUAGAACAAGUUGACAUUUUGUGGCACUGUUUAGUUGAAGAUUCUGAAUGUUAUGAUGAUGCACUUCACUGGUUUUUAAAUCAAGUUCGGAGUAAAGAUCAACAUGCGAUGGGAAUGGAAACUUAUAAACAUCUUUUUCUAGAAAAGAUGCCACAGUUAAAACCUGAAACUAUUAGUAUGACUGGUUUAAACCUGUUUCAGCAUCUUUGCAAUUUGGCACGACUGGCUACAAGUGCUUAUGAUGGUGGCUCAAACUCUGAGCUUUGUGGUAUGGACCAAUUCUGGGGCAUUGCUUUAAGAGCACAGUCUGGUGAUGUUAGUCGGGCAGCUAUUCAGUACAUCAACUCCUAUUAUAUAAACGGUAAAACAGGUUUAGAGAAAGAGCAAGAAUUUAUUAGUAAGUGUAUGGAGAGCCUUAUGAUAGCUUCUAGCAAUCUUGAACAAGAAUCACACUCAAGUCUUACCAUCAUUGAAAGAGGACUUCUUAUGCUGAAGACACACCUGGAAGCAUUUAGAAGGAGGUUUGCUUAUCAUCUGCGACAGUGGCAAAUUGAAGGCACUGGUAUUAGUAGUCAUUUAAAAGCACUUAGUGACAAACAGUCAUUACCACUAAGAAUUGUAUGCCAGCCAGCUGGCCUUCCUGACAAGAUGACUAUUGAAAUGUAUCCUAGUGACCAGGUAGCAGAUCUUAGGGCAGAAGUAACUCACUGGUAUGAAAAUUUACAAAAAGAGCAGAUAAGUCAACAAGCUCAGCUUCAGGAAUUUGGUCAAAGCAGCAGAAAGGGAGAAUUUCCUGGGGGUCUCAUGGGACCUGUUAGAAUGAUUUCAUCUGGGCAUGAACUAACAACAGACUAUGAUGAAAAAACACUUCAUGAACUGGGAUUUAAAGAUAUGCAGAUGGUAUUUGUGUCUCUGGGAGCACCAAGGCGAGAACGGAAAGGAGAAGGUGUUCAGUUGCCAGCUUCUUGUCUGCCUCCUCCUCAGAAGGACAACAUUCCAAUGCUUUUGCUUUUACAAGAGCCACAUCUUACCACUCUUUUUGAUUUAUUAGAAAUGCUUGCUUCAUUUAAACCUCCUUCUGGAGAAGUGACAAUGGAAGAUAUUGAGAGUGCAAGGUGUGAAGAACUUCACCUUCAUGCAGAAAAUCUAUCUAGACGUGUCUGGGAGCUGCUAAUGCUUCUCCCUACAUGUCCUAACAUGCUACAGGCAUUCCAAACAAUUUCAGAUGAGCAGGGUAAUGAUGGGCUUAAUUGGAAAGAACUUCUAAGAAUAAAGAGUGCUCACAAAUUGUUGUAUGCCCUUGAAAUCAUUGAAGCAUUGGGUAAACCUAACAGAAGAAUAAGGAGAGAGUCUACGGGAAGUUACAGUGACCUUUAUCCAGACUCUGAUGAUUCAAGUGAAGAUCAAAUAGAAAACAGUAAAAAUACCUGGAGCUGCAAGUUUGUCGCUGCUGGAGGACUACAACAAUUAAUAGAAAUCUUUAAUUCUGGAAUUUUAGAGCCUAAAGAGCAAGAAUCAUGGACUGUGUGGCAGCUAGAUUGUCUUGCUUGCUUGCUGAAGUUAAUAUGCCAGUUUGCAGUAGAUCCGUCAGAUUUGGAUUUAGCUUAUCAUGAUGUCUUUGCCUGGUCUGGUGUAGCAGAAAGCCACAGGAAAAGAACUUGGCCUGGGAAAUCAAGAAAGGUGGCUGGAGAUCAUACCAAGGGUCUUCAUAUUCCCAGAUUAACAGAGGUAUUUCUUGUUCUUGUCCAAGGAACCUGUUUGAUUCAGCGGCUUAUGUCUGUUGCUUAUACUUAUGAUAACUUGGCACCUAGAGUUUUGAAAGCUCAGUCUGAUCAUAGGUCAAGACAUGAAGUUACACAUUAUUCAAUGUGGCUCUUAGUCAGUUGGGCUCAUUGCUGUUCCUUAGUAAAAUCUAGCCUUGCUGACAGUGAUCAUUUACAAGAUUGGCUAAGGAAACUUACUCUUCUUAUUCCUGAGACUGCUGUUCGGCAUGAAUCUUGUAAUGGUUUAUACAAGUUAUCUUUAUCUGGACUAGAUGGUGGGGAUUCAAUUAAUAGGUCUUUUCUAUUACUUGCUGCCUCAACAUUACUGAAAUUUCUUCCUGAUGCUCAGGCUUUAAAGCCUAUUAAGAUUGAAGAUUAUGAAGAAGAGCCAGUACUAAUACCUGGAUGUAAAGAAUAUUUUUGGUUAUUAUGUAAAUUAAUUGACAACAUACAUGUAAAAGAUGCCAGUCAGACAACAUUACUGGACUUAGAUGCUUUGGCAAGACAUCUGGCUGACUGUAUUAGAAGCAGGGAAAUACUUGAUCAUCAGGAUGGUAAUGUGGAAGAUGAUGGGCUUACAGGACUCUUACGACUUGCAACAAGUGUAAUUAAACACAAACCACCAUUUAAAUUUUCACGAGAAGGACAGGAAUUUCUAAGAGACAUCUUCAAUCUGCUUUUCUUACUUCCAAGUCUAAAAGAUCGCCAGCAGCCAAAGUGCAAAUCACAUUCUUCAAGAGCUGCUGCUUAUGAUUUGUUAGUAGAAAUGGUAAAAGGGUCAGUUGAAAACUACAGGCUUCUACACAACUGGGUGAUGGCCCAGCAUAUGCAAUCAUCCCAUGCUCCUUACAAAUGGGACUAUUGGCCACAUGAUGAUGUUCGAGCAGAGUGUAGGUUUGUUGGCCUAACUAAUCUUGGAGCAACCUGUUAUUUGGCUUCCACUAUUCAGCAACUCUAUAUGAUACCUGAGGCUAGACAAGCCAUUUUUACUGCAAAGUAUUCAGAAGAUAUAAAGCAUAAGACUACUCUUCUAGAACUUCAGAAAAUGUUUACAUAUUUAAUGGAAAGUGAAUGCAAAGCUUAUAAUCCUAGACCUUUCUGCAAAACUUAUACUAUGGAUAAACAACCACUGAAUACUGGUGAACAAAAAGAUAUGACAGAAUUCUUCACUGAUUUGAUAACAAAAAUUGAAGAAAUGUCUCCAGAACUGAAAAAUACAGUGAAAAGUUUGUUUGGUGGUGUCAUUACAAACAAUGUAGUCUCUUUGGAUUGUGAACAUGUCAGUCAGACUGCUGAAGAAUUCUAUACUGUGAGAUGCCAGGUGGCUGAUAUGAAGAACAUUUAUGAAUCUCUUGAUGAAGUAACUAUUAAAGAUACAUUAGAAGGUGACAACAUGUAUACUUGUUCUCAUUGUGGAAAGAAAGUACGAGCUGAAAAAAGGGCAUGUUUUAAGAAAUUACCUCGCAUCUUGAGCUUCAAUACAAUGAGGUAUACUUUUAAUAUGGUAACCAUGAUGAAGGAGAAAGUAAAUACACACUUUUCAUUCCCUUUACGAUUGGAUAUGACUCCUUAUACUGAAGAUUUUCUUAUGGGCAAGUGUGACAGAAAAGAAGGUUUUAAGGAGGAAGUUGAUCAUGAAAAAGAAACUGAGAGCUAUGAAUAUGACUUGAUUGGUGUGACAGUUCAUACAGGAACAGCUGAUGGUGGUCACUAUUACAGCUUCAUUAGGGAUAUAGUGAAUCCACAUGCUUAUAAGAACAAUAAAUGGUAUCUCUUUAAUGAUGCUGAAGUAAAACCUUUUGAUUCUGCUCAACUUGCUUCUGAAUGUUUUGGAGGGGAAAUGACAACCAAGACCUAUGAUUCCGUUACAGAUAAAUUUAUGGAUUUCUCCUUUGAAAAGACACAUAGUGCAUACAUGCUGUUUUAUAAACGGAUGGAACUGGAGGAAGAAAAUGGCAAGGACCUCAAAUUUGAUGUUUCAUCAGAAUUGCUGGAGUGGAUUUGGCAUGAUAACAUGCAAUUUCUUCAAGACAAGAACAUUUUUGAGCACACAUAUUUUGGGUUUAUGUGGCAGUUAUGUAGUAGUAUUCCAAGUACAUUACCUGAUCCAAAAGCUGUAUCCCUAAUGACUGCAAAGCUAAGUACUUCAUUUGUCCUGGAGACAUUUAUUCACUCAAAGGAAAAGCCCACAAUGCUUCAGUGGAUUGAAUUACUGACUAAGCAGUUCAAUAACAGCCAGGCAGCUUGUGAGUGGUUUUUAGACAGAAUGGCUGAUGAUGAUUGGUGGCCAAUGCAAAUCUUAAUAAAGUGUCCUAAUCAGAUUGUGAGACAGAUGUUUCAACGUUUGUGCAUUCACGUGAUUCAAAGACUUAGACCUGUACAUGCUCACCUCUAUUUACAACCAGGAAUGGAAGAUGGGUCUGAUGACAUGGAUGGUCCUGUAGAAGACAUUGGAAGUCGUUCAUGUGUCACCAGAUUUGUGAAGACACUGUUAUCAAUUAUGGAACAUGGUGUAAAACCUCACAGUAAACAUCUCACUGAGUACUUUGCCUUUCUUUAUGAAUUUGCAAAAAUGGGUGAAGAGGAGAGCCAAUUUUUGCUUUCAUUGCAAGCUAUAUCAACAAUGGUGCAUUUCUACAUGGGAACCAAAGGUCCCGAAAAUCCUCAAGUUGAAGUACUAUCAGAAGAAGAAGGAGAGGAAGAAGAGGAGGAAGAAGACAUACUAUCUUUAGCAGAAGAAAAAUAUAGGCCUGCUGCACUUGAAAAAAUGAUAGCUUUAGUUGCUCUUUUGGUUGAACAAUCUCGCUCAGAAAGGCAUUUAACAUUGUCUCAGAAUGAUAUGGCAGCAUUAACAGGAGGAAAGGGAUUUCCCUUCUUGUUUCAACAUAUUCGUGAUGGGAUCAAUAUAAGACAAACCUGUAAUCUGAUUUUCAGCCUUUGUCGAUAUAAUAAUCGACUUGCAGAACAUAUUAUUUCCAUGCUUUUCACAUCCAUAGCAAAGCUGACUCCUGAGGCUGCCAACCCUUUCUUUAAAUUAUUAACCAUGUUAAUGGAAUUUGCUGGUGGACCUCCAGGAAUGCCACCCUUUGCAUCUUAUAUUCUGCAACGGAUAUGGGAGGUGAUUGAAUAUAACCCUUCCCAAUGCCUUGAUUGGUUGGCAGUACAAACACCACGUAAUAAAUUGGCACAUAGCUGGGUGCUUCAGAACAUGGAAAAUUGGGUUGAGCGUUUUCUUUUGGCACAUAAUUAUCCUCGAGUCAGAACUUCUGCAGCUUAUCUUCUGGUGUCUCUCAUCCCAAGCAAUUCAUUCCGUCAAAUGUUCCGAUCAACACGAUCUUUGCACAUCCCAACACGUGACCUGCCUCUCAGUCCAGAUACCACAGUAGUUUUACAUCAGGUCUACAAUGUGCUUCUUGGCUUACUUUCCAGAGCCAAACUUUAUGUUGAUGCUGCUGUUCAUGGCACCACAAAGUUGGUGCCCUAUUUUAGUUUCAUGACAUAUUGUCUCAUCUCCAAAACAGAGAAGCUUAUGUUUUCUACAUAUUUCAUGGACUUGUGGAACCUUUUCCAACCUAAACUCUCUGAGCCAGCAAUAGCAACCAACCACAAUAAGCAAGCUUUGCUUUCUUUUUGGUAUAACGUAUGUGUUGACUGUCCAGAGAACGUCCGCCUUAUUGUGCAGAACCCAGUGGUAACCAAGAACAUUGCCUUCAAUUACAUCCUCGCUGACCAUGAUGAUCAGGAUGUGGUGCUUUUUAACCGUGGGAUGCUGCCUGCCUACUAUGGCAUUCUGAGGCUCUGCUGUGAGCAGUCACCUGCAUUUACCAGACAGCUAGCAUCUCAUCAGAAUAUACAGUGGGCCUUUAAGAAUCUUACACCACAUGCUAGCCAGUACCCUGGAGCAGUGGAAGAACUGUUUAACCUGAUGCAAUUGUUUGUAGCUCAGAGGCCAGAUAUGAGAGAGGAAGAGUUAGAAGAUAUUAAACAAUUUAAGAAAACAACUAUCAGUUGUUAUUUGCGUUGCUUGGAUGGCCGUUCCUGCUGGACAACUUUAAUAAGUGCCUUCAGAAUACUACUAGAAUCUGAUGAAGAUAGACUUCUUGUUAUAUUUAAUCGAGGAUUAAUCCUGAUGACGGAGUCAUUCAACACAUUACACAUGAUGUAUCAUGAAGCCACCGCAUGCCAUGUGACUGGAGACUUAGUAGAACUUCUGUCCAUAUUCCUUUCAGUUCUGAAGUCUACACGUCCUUAUCUUCAGAGAAAAGAUGUGAAACAAGCAUUAAUUCAGUGGCAGGAACGAAUUGAAUUUGCCCAUAAGCUCUUAACUCUGCUUAAUUCUUAUAGUCCUCCAGAACUUAGAAAUGCAUGCAUAGAUGUCCUUAAGGAACUUGUGCUUCUGAGCCCUCAUGAUUUCCUGCAUACUCUAGUUCCAUUUCUACAGCACAACCAUUGCACGUACCACCACAGUAAUAUCCCAAUGUCCCUUGGACCUUAUUUCCCCUGUCGAGAAAAUCUCAAACUAAUGGGAGGGAAAAGCAAUAUCCGUCCACCACGUCCUGAACUCAACAUGUGCCUCUUGCCCACAAUGGUAGAAACCAACAAGGGCAAAGAUGACGUUUAUGAUCGUAUGCUGCUAGACUACUUCUUUUCUUAUCAUCAAUUCAUCCAUCUAUUAUGCCGAGUUGCAAUCAACUGUGAAAAAUUUACUGAAACAUUAGUUAAGCUGAGUGUCCUAGUUGCCUAUGAAGGUUUGCCACUUCAUCUUGCACUCUUCCCCAAACUUUGGACUGAGCUAUGCCAGACUCAGUCUGCUAUGUCAAAAAACUGCAUUAAGCUUUUAUGUGAAGAUCCCGUUUUCGCAGAGUAUAUUAAAUGUAUCCUAAUGGAUGAAAGGACCUUCCUCAAUAACAACUUUGUUUAUACAUUCUUGACCCACUUCCUCUUAAAGGUUCAAGGUCAGGUGUUUUCUGAAGCAAAUUGUGCCAAUUUGAUUAGCACUCUUAUUACAAACUUAAUAAAUCAGUAUCAGAGCUUACAGGCUGAUUUCACCAACCGAGUUGAAAUUUCCAAAGCAAGUUCUUCUUUAAAUGGGGAUCUUCGGGCACUUGCUUUGCUCCUUUCGGUGCACACUCCCAAACAGCUGAACCCAGCUCUGAUUCCAACUCUUCAAGAGCUUUUAAGCAAAUGCAGGACUUGUCAGCAACAAAGAAAUUCACUCCAAGAACAAGAAACCAAAGAAAGGAAAACUAAAGAUGAUGAAGAGGCAACUCCUGUUAAAAGAAGGCGUGUUAGCAGUGAUGAGGAACAUACUGUAGACAGCUGCAUCAGUGACAUGAAAACUGAACCAAGGGAGGUAUUGACUCCAACUAGCACUUCAGAUAAUGAGACAAGAGACUCUUCAAUUAUUGAUCCAGGCACUGAGCAAGAUCUUCCUUCCCCUGAAAAUAGUUCUGUCAAAGAGUACAGAAUGGAAGUUCCAUCUUCAUUUUCAGAAGACAUUUCAAAUAUUAGGUCACAGCAUGUGGAAGAUCAGUCUAGCAGUGGCAAGUUUGAAGAAGUCUGUAGAGAGUUUAAAGACCCCCAGAGUUCCAAGGAUUCUAACCUAGCCGAGGAGGAACCCGAGUUCCCUUCUACAUCAAUUUCUGCAGUUUUGUCUGACUACUGCGAUGGCCAAGCUUUGUCCUCCCAGGAUCCUGAAACUAGUUUAUCACUCAGUUGUGGCCAUUCCAGAGGACUCUUUAGUCACAUGCAGCAACAUGACAUUUUAGACACCCUGUGUAGGACCAUUGAAUCUACGAUUCUUGUGGUCACAAGGAUAGCUGGCAAAGGAAACCAAGCUGCUUCUUGACAUUAGAUGUAGCAUGUCUGCUUUUAAGUCUUUUUUUCCAAGAUGCUGUUUGUAUAAGUUUUGCUUAUUUCUGUUUUGUGCUUCAGUUUGUCCAGUGCUCUCUGCUUGAAUGGCAAGAUAGAUUUAUAGGCUUAAUUCUUGGUCAGGCAGAACUCCAGAUGAGAAAUUUUGCAUCUCCAGUACACUUUUCUUAAGGGCAAUCAGAUAAUGGAUAUGUUUUAUGUAAUUAAGAGUUCACUGUAGUGGCUUUCAUUUAAUAUGGCUGUCUGGGAGAACAGGGUUUCAUGACCCUGUACAAUGUAAUUUAAACUUAUGGCAUUUUUACUGUGUAUAAUAUGGUGUCCUCUGUGCCAGUUUUGUACCUUAUAAUAGAGGCAGAUUGCCUCAGAUCGCUGUGGUUCUUAUUAUCAAAAUUAAGUUUACUUGUAUACGAAACAACCACAAGAAAUUUGAUUCUGUAAAGAAUCCUCUUUAGCUGUGGCCUGGCAGUAUAUAUAUGGUGCUUUAUUUAACAGAAUACCUGUGGAGGAAAUAAAGCACACUUGAUGUAAAAAUAAUUGUUUUAUUUUUAUUGACAUGACCGAUGCUAUUCUGUGCACUUCAUUAAACUGAUUGUGAUGACUUUU